AUGGAGGAGGUCGUCCGUACCGCCUCGCCAUUUGCUUGGCUGCUGCGGCCGGACGCCGGCGGCAAGAGGCGCAGCGACGCCUUCUAUUUCUUUGUUCCUGCGGCGUGGACGCCGACGGCAAGGGGUGGCGUGGCGGAUCAUCGGAGAGAGGAUCCCGCGGUGGAGGACGGGGUGGAUAAGAACUGCAUCGGGGCCAUUGAUGGGACACAUGUUCCCAUAACAAUUUCAGGAGAAAAGGCCGCACCAUUCAGAAAUAGGAAAGGGACCCAUAGCCAUAAUAUUAUGGUUGUGUGUGACUUCGACUUAAACUUCACCUUCAUUUCUUGUGGUUGGGAGGGAUCCGCGACUGAUGCUAGAUUUCUUCACUCGGCACUUAACAAUGGGUUUCAAGUACCUCCGGGCAAGUUUUAUCUGGUUGAUGGCGGUUAUGCCAACACUCCUUACUUCCUGGCACCGUACCGUGGUGUUCGGUACCAUCUCAAGGAGUUUGCACGCGAAGAUAGAGCACAAUGGAAUGCAAGCCUGGAGAAAGAUCUCGUGGACUUGCUUCGUGAGCAUGCUACACCUGAACACAGGGGUCAAAAUGGAUGGAGCUCUGAAGCAUGGAAUAAGAUAGUGAAGAAAUUCCACCAGAAGAAUCCAUAUGCUAGGUACGAGAAGAAGAAGAUCCAAGAAAAGGAGAAAGAGUUGAAAACAGAUUAUAGGAUGAUUAAAGAGAUAAGAAAGCAAAGCGGUGUUUCAUGGGAUGACCAGCAGUGCAAGAUUCUAGCAGAUCCACCACUUUGGAAAAACAUUAUCAUAUCACACCCUAAAGCUGGAAAGUUCAAGACAAAAGGUUUCCCUCUUUUUGACGCUUUGGGAGAAUUGCAUGAUGGCCAAACUGCUGAAGGGACAUACAACUUCACAUCUAUCGAGUCAUCACAGUACUCAACCCAAGCACAACUCGAGAAUCUGGGAGGAGCUGGUGAGUAUCUUCGCGAGAAUCAUGGAGAAACAUCAUACCAUGGUGAUAAUAUUGGAGGAGAACCAUCAGCCAAUGGUGAGAAUCUUGGAGGAGAAAGGGUGAGGAUUGAUGAAGAUGUUGAGGAGGUGUUCGUGCAAGAAAAUAUUGCUGUGGAGCCCCAUCAAACACAACCAAGUUUGGCUACAACACCCUCAAGAAAUGGACAAGAAAAAGAACCAAAGAGGCGGAGGGGGGCGAAUAGCAAUGUGGCUGCAAUGAUGGAGAAGUACUUGGAAAUAAGGGCGAAGCAGGUGGAAGAUGAGAGGAACAAGCCAAGGGUUGUGGACGAGUACUCUAUCAAAAAUUGCAUCGAUCUGCUGAAAACAAUGGAUAUCACACCCGAGGAAGAAGUCAAGGCUUUCCGAGUGUUCAAGAUCCUCGAGAACCGAGAGAUUUUCAUGAGUGCCAGACCAGAGACUGCUCUUAUGUGGCUAAGAACAGAAAUGGAAUAA